AUGUGCCAGCCCCUCUCCCCCCAGGCCGCCUGGAUAUCCCUCUGCUGGACGUCAGCAGCAUGGACUUUGGCCUCUCUAAGCAGCAAGGCUGGCCGGGAGCUCUGCAUUGACCAGGCUGUAGUCUUCAUGGAGGACGCAAUCAAGUACCGCUCCAUCAACCACCGCAUGGACGCCCGCGGGAUGUGGUUCUACCGGUGGUAUUACUCCAGCUCCUGCCAGUGGGUCCUGAGUGUCGCCAUCUUCCUGAUCCUGGCGCUGGCCUUUGUGGAGACCCCGUCCUCCCUCACCAGCUCCUCGGACGUCCGCUUCCGCUCACCCGCCUGGGAGCCGCCCUGCGGCCUGACGGAGAGCGUGGAGCUGCUGUGCCUGCUGGUCUUCCUGGCUGACGUCGUCAUGAAGGGCUACCUGAUCGGCUGGGCCCAGUACCGCAGCAGCCCCUGGCUGCUGGCCUACUUCCUGGUGCUGGUGGUGUCUCUGACGGACUGGAUCAUCUCGCUGAGCCUCCUCUGCUGGGAGACCAUGCGUGUGCGCCGGCUGCUGCGCCCCUUCUUCCUGCUGCAGAACUCGUCCUUGAUGAAGAAGACGCUCAAGUGCAUCCGCUCCACGCUGCCGCAGCUGGCCAGCUUGGCGCUGCUGCUGCUGCUGCACCUGUGUUUCUUCACCAUGUUCGGGAUGCUGCUGUUCACGGGCGAGAAGGACGACGGGGUGAGCAAGGAGCGGCUACUGUACUUCCGCAACCUGCCUGAGGCCCUGACCUCCCUGCUUGUGCUGCUUACCACGGCCAACAACCCUGAUGUGAUGAUGCCGGCGUACUCCAAGAACCGGGCCUACAGCCUCUUCUUCAUCUUCUUCACCAUCAUCGGCAGCUUGUUCCUGAUGAACCUGCUCACAGCGAUCAUCUACAGUCAGUUCCGCGGCUACCUGAUGCUCUCUCUGCAGACAUCGCUGUUACGGAGAAGGCUGGGCACCCGAGCCGCCUACGAAGUCCUUGUCUCCCUGGACGGGGGCUGGGACGGCCACCCACAGUCAACUGGGGUCCAGCCCGAGACCUUCCUGCGGGCGCUGACGAAAAUCCACAUGGCUGAGCACUGCAGGCAGGCCAUCGAGCAGAAGGUGCGUUCCCAUGGCGACAGCCUGCUGUCAGCUGAGGACUUCCAGAAGCUCAUCAACGAGGUGGACAAGCGUGUGGUCAAGGAGCACCCCCCACGGCCCGAGUACAGCUCGCCGUUCCUGCGGAGCGCCCAGUUCCUCUUCGGCCACCGCUACUUCGAUUACCUGGGGAACCUCAUCGCCCUCGGGAACCUCAUCUCCAUCUGUAUGAUGGCGGUUGUGGCUAACACGCUGCUGGACCUGAUAAAGAACAUGCGGGCCUUCGCGGGCAUCCUGGUGAGCACCCCCCUCCUCGGCCUCUACUAG